AUGAGCUUGGUCACGAAUGAACUUACGAAACAGUUUCUUAUAAAUGUGGAUAUUCUAAAAGGAAACUUCAAAGAUGAUGUUUCUCGAAAAGCGAUGGAUCAGAUCCUUAAAGAUCUAGAAUUUGUAUCCUUCGAAUUUAUAAUGAGUACAGAACUCGUUAACAUAUUAUUGAAUGUUUACGUUUCAACACGCAAUCAUGGAUUAACCGCAGUUCGAUGCCUCUCCGCCGUGUUUCUGCUUGAAUCCGAAGAGACCAACAUUCCCAAAAACGAUUUUCUGAGAAUCGCAUUCCAUACAUCAUUGGAUCUCCUACUGGACAUAUCAAAAUUAGAAGACUUUUCCCUUCUUGAAACGUGCCUCAAAUUUUGGUUAUGGCUCUCAAAUCGAGUUUUAUCGAAAUGCCACUGCACGACGGGAGGAUUAAAAAAUGGUGCGAGAAGAGAAAUGUACCGAAAAUGUCUCACCUAUUUGUGGGGAAUCCUUCACAAAAGGCUCGGGUCCAAUGAGCACGGACAUCUGACUAUCGAAAUUGACGAAACUGGAAACGAACGAAUCAUAUCGCCAUUGAACAAUUUCGACGAGCUUCGCCCCAAAAUAAUGCACGUUUUGGGUUAUUUGGUGCAUUUGAAUUGCAGAAAGCCAACGGUUGUCGGAAAGAAACAGACAAAGGGGAAUUGUUCGAUUAGAGCGGCAAAAUCUUUGUUCAACUCCACGAUCCAGCGACAAACACAAAGUGGUCCUUGCGCCGACAUGCCGCUUUUGGUGCCCGAAGCGAAAAAGUCAGCGAACAAACUUUCAAGUGAAACUGCCAUGACGAUUCCUACAACCAUCCGUCAAACUAAAAAUUUAUCUCAUAUUUCGACUCCACGAAUCCCGUCAACGAAAUCAAGCACGAAUUUGAAACGGCAAAUGCCCGAGAACAUCUUUGUCCCAGCGAAAUAUAUGAAGACAUCCGAGACCCAGAAUUCAAUUGCCGAAAUGCAAUCAGCUAUACAACCAUUUGAAUCGAGCAAAAAAACCGCUAAUUUGAACAAUGUGACAAAUCGCAUCUGGAGUCGCAUUAAUUCGCAAACUAAUGAUACACCAUCUACAACUUCCAGAAGCAACGCGAACGCGAAUCAAACAAUUCCGGCGAAUGAGUUUUUAAAUAAACUCAUUGAGGUGGUGAAUGAAUCGCUGGCCACCUCAAGUGCGAAUAGAGAUGAAGCAUCGUCGAAGCCCAUUCAAAAGAAUAUCGAGAAAAAUUUUGACACUCAAGUAUUGGAAAAACAUCGAGACGGAGCUCAAAAAAGUGGUGAAAUUGAUGGGAUCGUGAAUGACAAACCGAGUGCGAUCCUACGUGCUCCAUCUCUUCAACAAUCUCAGACUGUAUCCAGACUUCUCGAAGAAAUCUUUUCUUCAUCAUCGGAAGAGCCCGAUCAUCGUGAAUCGAUGCACGACGAACGAAUGAUUGAGCACAUCCUCAAAAAAUUGGCAAACCAUCCGGCGUCAGAAGAUGUGAAGUUUACACCAGAAAUGCCUGAAUUCUGGACAGACUUCGAACAAUUGACUUAUUUUACGCGCGGCGCCGUCAGUUGCGCUGAUCGAUACAAAAAUGUGUUGAAAUAUAAUUUGCUGCAACUGGAUGUGCCUCAGAAGAUCAUCGACCUUCUCAAUGAGUUGAGCAUGUAA